CAAGUAGUGUAUUUCUGACAGAAUCAGCUGUAAAGGAAUGGAAACAAUAUUACCGUCAUUAUACACAUGUAAAAUUCAAUUUGAAGAAGCAAAGAACCGUAUUUCUUUCUUUCUGGGAAAACGAGAUUUUCUUAUCAAUACAUCAGUUGUGAUAAUUUUACGAUAUCGUAGAUUCCGAUGUUGUUUUCUACCUGUAGUUCCCUGCUGGCACAGACACAAACAAGGCUGGGUGGGGGAGUGACGGACGUGAAGUACUGAAUAAUUGAGUUUGCUACAAUUAAGAACCCGGGGAAUUUGAACUUACUCGGGUUGAGCCUUGCGUGUUACGUACUUAUCAGCGUUUGUUAGUCGAUAUUUCUUAAUUAAUACGGCAGUAAUGUUUUGUAAAUGGGUGAUGUUCGUGUUAGUUUUGUCUUUCCAUCUCAUCCAGUUAUGUGAAAGUGAAAUAGAUGUGCAGAAGGAUACUGACACUGGAAGUUGCGGCUGCGGAUCAGCUGACAGAAAGACAAUUGAGAAUUUGGAAAGGUCUGACAAUAGCUUGGAUGCAUCUGAAACGGAUGCAAGAGAGAAGUACUUCGCAGCGUCGAAUGUGCAGUCACCAUACCCCAGAACAAAUAAAAUGCAAUUUAUUAAAGGUGGAAGUUUUACCAUGGGUACUAAUAAGCCACUGUUUGUAGCCGACGGAGAAGGCCCAGCUAGGGAAGUGAAGAUCGAUGAUUUUUUCAUGGAUGUUCACGAAGUUAGUAAUGCAGAGUUUGAAUUGUUCGUUAAUAGCACAGGGCACAAGACAGAAGCGGAAUCUUUCGGUGACUCCUUUGUAUUUGAGUCAUUACUGAGUGAAGAUACAAAAUCAAAAAUAACACAGGCCGUCGCUGCUGCACCUUGGUGGCUCCCCGUGAAGGGCUGCAAUUGGCGCCACCCUGAAGGUCCAGAUUCGGAUAUAAGAGACCGUAUGGAUCAUCCGGUGAUCCAUGUGUCCUGGAAUGAUGCUUCAAAAUACUGUUCUUGGGCACAGAAAAGAUUACCAACUGAAGCUGAGUGGGAAUAUGCCUGCCGUGCUGGACUCAACAAUCGUUUAUAUCCUUGGGGUAACAAGAUUCAGCCUCAUGGUGAGCAUCGGGUAAAUAUCUGGCAGGGAGAAUUUCCAGAGCACAAUACUGGGGAUGAUGGAUAUGUCAGCACUGCACCUGUUACAGCAUUCCCACCAAAUGCUUAUGGACUACACAACAUUAUUGGGAAUGUAUGGGAAUGGACAGCAGAUUGGUGGCAAACAAAACAUUCCACAGAACCGGCCACAAAUCCAACGGGUCCUGAAUCAGGAACUGACAAAGUGAAAAAAGGUGGUUCAUAUAUGUGCCACCACAGUUAUUGCUUCAGAUACAGAUGUGCAGCACGGAGCCAGAACACUCCGGAUAGUUCUGCUGGUAACCUCGGAUUUCGCUGUGCUGCAACUGCACUACCUGAGUACUUAAAACACUAAUGCUUAAAAAUGUUGCUACAAAAGAUGGAGUUUAGAACCAGACUGGCACCGCACAGGGCAGUGGACUUAAGUGAAUGUUACGUACUUAAUAUUCGGACAUGUGAUGGCAUAUAUUUUUGUAUGUGGUUUAUAGAUGUUUAGCUUUGAUAUUGGGAUUUUUGUUUUCUGGUUGAUUCCAGUUUUUAUGAAAUGAUGAGAAAGGUAUGUAGAUAUGGUUUGGAUUAUGCUCUCUCACAGCUUAAGAUACAAUGCAACAGGGACCAACAAGGAGGGAACAAUACUUAACUUCUAUAAUGCAGGAAGUGACCACUAUGGAAAACUGUGCGUUUCUCUGUAUGUUUGUAUGGUAUGCAUGUAUUAAUGUAUGGAAUACCAAGAAUGUUUGACAUGUAAUUAUGAAAUACCCCUCGUGAAACUAAACUAAAUAGAGUAACUGUCAGUCUUAUGCCAUGGAAGUGCCUUCUGAGAGUGAAUGUUUUAAAUUUUAUCUGACUGUGACAAAGAAGGCCAUUGUAGGUGAAAUUUGAAUCUGUGUAUAAAAAACACACACACACACACACACACACACACACACACACACACACACACACACACACACACACAGAGAGAGAGAGAGAGAGAGAGAGAGAGAGAGAGAGAGAGAGAGAGA